AUGCAACUUCCACAACAAAAACAUCGAAUUAAUCCCGAUCAAAUACCAAGUCCAGUUGCAUUGCAUGAGGCUGAUCAGAAUCAAUACAUGAGCACCCCUUAUAUGACCAUGUCUCGCACAGUUCCACCAUUGGCUGCCAGUAAAUUCACAGUAUUUGAUAAUGGAAACUGCAGUCCAAGAUUUAUCAGAUCCACCAUUUAUAACAUUCCUAUCACUGAGGAUUUAAUAAGUACAAGUAAGCUGCCUUUUGGCGUGAUAGUCCAGCCACUUGCUGAUCUUGAGCCUACCGAUACUCCGGUUCCAUUAGUUGAUUUUGGAAUCAAUGGUCCUGUUCGUUGCUCUCGCUGCAAAGGAUACAUCAAUCCAUUUUUCCAGUUUGUUCAUGGUGGACGCAAGUUUGUAUGCAAUCUCUGUAGCUUUGAAAGCGAAGUUCCCACUCAAUACUUUGAGAAUCUUGAUAUGAGUGGCAGACGUAUUGAUAUCAGUCAACGUCCUGAGUUGCUCUAUGGAUCUUGCGAGUUUACUGUAACACCAGAGUACUGUGCUAGACCUACUAAAUCAGUAUCGUACUUUUUUGCAAUUGAUGUCUCAUACAAUGCUGUCAGAAGUGGUAUGCUGGCUGCAUGUGCUUCUGCUCUCAAACAGUUUCUGUAUUCAAGUCAACGUCCCAUGCCUAAUGGAUCUACAGUUGGUUUUAUUACAUUUGACAAGGCAGUGCAUUUCUACUCACUCAAGCCCAAUCUUGAACAAUUUCAAAUGAUGAUUGUGGGAGACAUUGAUGAGAUGUUCGUGCCUCUCAGUGAGGGUUUGCUAGUCGAUCCCAUCGAGUCUAAAACUGUCAUCAUCAACUUUCUUGACAGUCUCCCACAAAUAUUUGCCAACACGACCAUCACGGAACCCGUUUUGGGUGCAGCAUGUCAAGCUGCUUUUUCGGCUUUGAAACAGUACGGCGGUAAACUAUCAAUCUUUCAAACUGCUCUUCCAACUUUUGGACCCGGCGCACUCAAGAACCGUGAAGAUGUCAAGAUUUUGGGUACUGACAAAGAGCGUCAGUUGUACGAGUCACAAGAGUAUUUCUGGAAGAAACUUGCACAAGACUGUACUACUAACGGUAUUGGUGUUGAUACGUAUCUGUUUCCCAACGCAUACAUUGAUGUGGCUACAGUUGGCAUGCUUUCAGCUGUCACGUCUGGUGAUACAUAUCUGUACAUGAACUUUGAUGCCAACAAAGAUGGUGAAAAGUUUAUAAAUGACAUGCAACGUGCACUGUUCCGUUCUUAUGGAUUUGAUGCUCUUUUACGUGUUCGUGUCUCUGAUGGUUUGAAAGUGACAGACUACUAUGGCAACUUUUAUAUGAAAAAUAGCACAGACAUAGAACUGGCUGGCAUUGAUUCUCUUAAAGCAUUUGGUGUUGUUCUCAAGCACGAUGGAAAACUUGAUGAAAAACAGGAUGCUCAUAUCCAAGCUGCUCUUCUUUAUACCACAUCAGAUGGCCAGCGUCGUGUACGUGUACACAAUCUGUCACUGCCCACUACCUCGCAACUCACAAACGUGUUUCGUUUUGCAGAAAUGGAUACCAGUGUUAAUUUUUUUGCCAGAGAAGCCAUUCAAAACGCGUUCAACUCUCCCCUCAAAACUCUCCGAGAUCAAAUUUCCGCUCGCUGUGUCAAAAUCCUUGCUUCAUACCGGUCUAACAUUUCAACGCAAAGCAGUCCAGGACAACUCAUUUUGCCUGAAUCAUACAAACUGUAUCCGCUAUAUGCUCUGUCGUUGCUGAAAUCGCGGGCUCUUCGUGGAGGAAAAAUUAUUCCAUCUGAUUUGCGUGUCUCGUCUAUGCGUCUACUCAACUCGAUUGGUGUAACGGAAAGUGUUGCUUACAUGUAUCCAAACAUGUAUGAUUUUACUGAGCCAGCUACGAAUGUGGGACAGCUCAACGAGAGUGGCAUUAUGGUAUUGCCACCCAUUGUCAGAGUUUCAUUUGAGCGUAUGAAUACUCAAGGAUUUUACAUUAUUGAAAAUGGACGUCAUAUGUUCCUUUGGAUCGGGCGUGAAGCUCCAUCACACAAGCUACAAGCUCUCUUUGGUGUUGAUGCUAUUCAACAAGUGGAUGCAACUUCUCGACGCAUUCCUCAAGUCAACACCACCCCCUCUCAGCAACUUAAUACUGUUUUGGAAUUUCUCCGUCAGCGCCGCGCACGAUAUAUGCAACUGACGAUUGUUCGUCAUGGUAUGGAUCCUAUAUCGGAGGCGCGUAUGAGUAAUCUCUUGAUUGAAGAUGCCAAUCUGGACAACCUAUCGUAUGUGGACUAUCUUGUUUUAACCCACAAAAAUGUGCAAGGAGAAACCGCUCAUGGCAAAUGAAAAAUUUAUUUUUGUUGACG